UACGUUUCUGUAGGUUCUACAUGUGGAUUCUGUGUUCUCCCAAAGAAGACAAUCGUCAGGUUUAACAAAAGAAAGAUGGUUGAAGCAGGUGUUGCAAGUGCAGAUCAAGUUGAAUUUACAGAAUGCUGGAAGGUAACAUGGAAGACUCCUUAUAUUAUGAGGCUUGCACUUUCAGCUGGCCUUGGAGGUCUCCUGUUUGGAUAUGACACAGGAGUUAUUUCUGGUGCCUUGCUUUACAUUAAAGAUGACUUUGACGGGGUUGAAAAGAGCACAAUCCUUCAGGAAGUCAUUGUGAGUAUGUGUGUGGGAGGAGCUAUUAUUGGAGCUGCUAUUGGCGGAUAUUUAAGCGACAGGUUUGGCCGGAAAAAAACAAUUUUGGCUUCUGAUAUUGUGUUCAUCAUAGGUGCAAUUAUCAUGGCUGUGGCUCCAGCUCCUUGGGUUAUUGUUGUUGGGAGAGUUCUUGUUGGUUUGGGAGUUGGAAUGACAUCCAUGAAUUCACCUCUUUACAUAUCAGAAACUUCGCCGGCGAAAAUUCGAGGUGCUCUUGUCAGCAUAAACGGUUUCCUACUCACAUUUGGGCAAUUUUUGUCCUACCUCAUCAAUCUGGCCUUUACCAAGGCACCAGGAACUUGGCGUUGGAUGCUUGGAGUAUGUGCGCUUCCAGCUCUUCUUCAGUUUAUGUUGAUGCUUUGGCUUCCCGAGUCGCCUAGAUGGCUCUACAGAGAGAACAAGGUUGAAGAGGCCAUGGCUAUCCUAGAAAAAAUAUAUCCCGCUGAAGAAGUUGAAACGGAGCUAAAUGCUUUAAAGGAAUCUGUUGAAGUUGAAAAGGAAAUGGAGGCAUCUACUGGCAAAGACACGAUAUCCAAAUUAAAGGGUGCUCUUAACGACCCUGUAGUUCGCAGGGGACUCUAUGCAGGCAUUACAGUUCAAGUUGCUCAGCAAUUUGCAGGCAUCAAUACUGUUAUGUACUAUGCACCAACUAUAGUUCAGUUCGCCGGCUUCGCUUCAAAAUCAGUAGCCUUAGCCCUUUCUCUGGUUACUACAGGCCUUAAUGCUUUUGGUUCCAUCCUUAGCAUGCUUUGUGUGGAUAGAUUUGGGAGGAGAAGGAUGAUGAUUAUUUCCAUGAUUGGCAUUAUUUCCUUCCUUGUUGCAUUAGCUAUUGUCUUUCAACAAGCUUCAACCCAUGCUCCCACUCUUAGUCCAGUAGACUCCCAAAGCUUCGGUCGGAACUCUACUUGUCAAAGUUACUUGUCAAAGGUAGAAAAUACAAAAUGGACCUGCAUGGAUUGCUUGAAAGCAAAAUGCGCCUUCUGUGCUAAUAGAGCAAACGAAUUGCAUCCUGGAGCUUGCUUGGCUAACAGUAAGGAUAUAAGAAGUGAAUGCAGUGCACAACAUCGUGUGUGGUUUAAGGAGGGUUGUCCAAACAAAAUUGGAUUUCUUGCAGUUAUACUUCUUGGCUUAUAUAUCAUUUCCUAUUCACCUGGAAUGGGAACUUCACCAUGGAUCGUGAACUCCGAGAUAUAUCCAUUGAGAUUCAGAGGCACUGGGGGUGGCAUAGCUGCAGUUUCUAAUUGGAUUGCAAAUCUUAUUAUCAGUUUGACAUUUUUAUCAAUGACUGAAGCUUUCACAGUCGCUGGGGCUUUUCUGUUUUUCGCUGGAGUUUCCUUCCUUGGACUCAUAGCUAUUUACUUCCUAGUACCUGAAACCAAAGGCCUGCCAAUUGAGGAGGUUGAGAAGAAGCUACAGGUUGGCUUCAGGCCAUCAAUAUUCAUGAGAAAAAAAUCAAAGGCUGAAGAAUUCGCCUAGGCUUCAAAUCAGUAUUUGAUUCAAAUACUCCUCUUGUUCUAGCGUGCAUAUUACUUGUGGAUUGCACUGCUGUAGUGUCAAGUGUGUUCAACUAUCUGGUACUGUUGAUUUAUCAGCACCACUGAAUAGUAUUGGGUCCAUAUUGAACUUGAUGAGAUAAUUGCAUAAUUUGAAUAAUCAUGCAAUGCAGUGAUAAAAGUGAACCGUUUUGGAACAAGA